GUAACGGUGCUGUGAAUGUUUCUCACCCUGCAUCUCUUGCUCCUAGGAAGCCGAGGAUCCUGCAAUGGUGUACGCUCCACGUUCUAUGGAUGGUUGUGCUAAUCCUCAUGGCCGUUGGACUGGCCAUCCAGACUCUGGGCAUGACGGACAAGAAAAGGAUGCGACUGCUGGAGGUGGAGCAGGCCGGGGUUGCCGCGGCGACGGGCCUGGAGGCUGGGCGGCCGAUUGAAGCCUGCAGGCCCAGGACCCACGUGAUGUUCCUCAAGACCCACAAGACGGCGGGCAGCACCAUCCUCAACAUCCUGUACCGCUUCGGCGAGGCCCGCAACCUGACCUUCGCCCUGCCAGCCGCCUACCAGUUCGGCUACCCGCUCCUGUUCAACACCCGGAGGGUCAAGUUCUACACCCCGCACAAACCGCAGGAGUACCACAUCAUCUGCAACCACAUGCGCUUCUUCCGGCCGCAGGUUGAGAAGAUCAUGGCCAAGGGGACCUUUUACUUCUCGAUCUUACGCAACCCGGUGACCUUGGUGGAAUCAUCCUUCACCUACUACAAAGGCUCGAGCCUGGCCUUCAAGAAGGUGGAUUCGCUGGAGCAGUUCCUCAGCCAGCCCUGGCGGUACUUCUCGCCCAAGGAGCGGGGGAGCCACUACGCCCGCAACCUGAUGUGGUUCGACUUUGGCUUCGACCACAACGCCAACGCCUCGGCGGGCUACGUGGACCUGGCGUUGGCACAGAUUGAGGCCACCUUCCAGCUGGUGCUGAUCGCCGAAUACUUCGACGAGUCCAUGGUCCUCCUGAAGGAGGCGCUGUGCUGGGGGCUGGAGGACGUGGUCUCCUUCAAGCUGAACCUGCGCAACAACGCCUCGGUCAAGCCCAUGUCGGAGGGGGCGGCCGAACAGAUCCGGGCGUGGAACGCCCUGGACUGGGAGCUCUACGCCCACUUCAACCGGACCUUCUGGCGGAAGGUGGAGCACUACGGGCGGGAGAGGAUGGGGGCGGACGUGCUGGCCCUGCGGGAGAAGCGGAGGGAGCUCACGGUCCUCUGCCUCCAGGGCAGCAGCCCCGUGGACGCCAGCCAGAUCCACGAUCGCAACAUCAGGCCCUUCCAGUACGGCCGGGCCCGCAUUAUGGGCUACAACCUCAACUCCAACCUUGACAGCCGCACCAGGGAGAGAUGUCUGCGUCUGGUGAUGCCAGAGCUACAAUACAAGGACCUCUUAGAUGCCAAACUCUUCCCCUCCGCCCACAGUGGGAAACUCCUUCAGCAUGUGUGAAGAAACCACUUCAAUCCCCAAUCCACUCCCCAUCUUUCCAAGAACUACCCCUCGAAUUAUUUAUAACUGCAUCGAAGUCUUGACCACUAGUAUCGUUGUCGGAGGUCCCAACAUCCCAGACCAUCUGGUGGUGAGAUCCAUUGUGUUGUUGCCCCCUCCCGGAGGGGAGGAAGGGCGCCUGGACUAUUUUCCUCGGACUGUGGAAGGAAUGGAAAUGGGAUCGUCUUCAGCCGACGGGGUUUGGGGAAAAGCCACUGUGGACUCUUUGGGUUGUCGGGGCCCUGUGGCAACGCAGGGCUAUUGGGAAAGCGGAACCUGCAAGGAAGGUUAGAGACCCUCGCCCCAUGUGUUGGAGGCUGGUUGUUUAGCUACCCUGCCUGUGGCUAAUGAAGAGGAGGGGGGGCAUAGCAAGUGUCAGCUAUUACCCUCUCCCUCUCUCCUUCUCUCCCUCCUUCUCUCCCUCCCUUCCCUCCUUCUCUCCCUCCUUCUCUCCCCCCUCCCUCCAUCACUCUAUCCCUCCUUCUCUCCUGCCCCCCUUCUCUCCCUCCUUCUCUCCUUCCUUCUAUCCCUCCCUCCUUCCCUCCCUCCUUCUCUCCCUCCCUACCCCCUUCUCUCCCUCCCUCCCUCCUCCUCCUUCUUUCUCUCCCCCCUCCCUCCUUCACUCUAUCCCUCCAUCUCUCCUUCCCUCCCUUCUUCCUUCCGCCCCUUCCUCCUCCCCCCCUCCUUCCUUCUCUCCCUCCUUCUCUCCCUCCCUCCUCUCCCUCCCUCUCAACCCUCCUUGGAUUGUGUUGCUGAAAGACUGAGAAUGGGAGUGGAGUGUCACGGAAUGUGAAGAGAGGGAGUAACCUGGUCGGGAUCGGGCACCACCUCCGGGGUAUAAAAGGCACGGGCAACGUUUCGUGUUGGGACCCUCUGCGGGACUAUGGGAAGUCGAGGGGGCUAUGUGGCUGUUGUACUGGAUGCCGGAGCGGGCCGUGUUCGGAGUGCCGCGUUCGGUCCUGGCUCGCCCCCUGCUAAGGGGGACGGUGCCGUCAAACUGUAAGGGGCGCAGAGAAGAUUUACGAGGAUGUUGCUGGCGACACGAGGGUGCGAGCGACUGGGAGAUUGUCGGGGUCCUGCCUCCGAAACGCCACCCCAUCCUUCACCUCCAGAGACACUGCCUGACCCCGUUGAGUUACUCCAGCACUUUGUGUCGAACUUUGGGGCAAACUAAGCACCUGUGGAACUUUGAUGGUACAUGUUGUCACUGUCUGGUUGAUUGAUUCUUUUCUAACCCUGUUGCAUGAAAUGUGACUAAAUGUCGAAGCAACUCAAGCUCCAAAACUCAACCUGAUCCAAUAAAAUCUCCGUAACCAC